AGAAAUUGGACUUUCUCAAAUCCGCGCACCUCGGGUCCGCUGCGCCCAACACCGAGGUGAUGCUGGUCCAAGAGCGGAAGCAGGUCCGGAUCCUGGAUUGUAUGAAAGGGAAGAGACCGCUCAUCCUUAACUUUGGCAGCUGCUCCUGACCGCCAUUCAUGACGCGCCUGGCGGCGUUUCAGCGCGUCGUGAGCCAGUACGCAGACAUUGCGGACUUUUUAGUUGUAUAUAUCGAGGAGGCGCAUCCAUCGGACGGCUGGGUGAGCUCGGACGCUCCGUAUCAGAUCCCCAAGCACCGCUGCUUGGAGGACAGACUGAGAGCCGCUCAGCUGAUGCUCACCGAGGUGCCGGGCAGCAACGUGGUGGUGGAUAAUAUGGACAACUCAUCCAACGCCGCGUACGGAGCUUACUUUGAGAGACUUUACAUUGUGAGGGAUGAGAGGGUUGUGUACCAGGGGGGCAGAGGUCCAGAGGGAUACCGGAUUUCCGAGCUUAGAAACUGGCUGGAGCAAUACAGGAACGAUGUGGUGAAUUCCCAAAGAGCAGUUCUCCAUGUGUAGUUGAAAGAUGCUGAACUGCCUGAUGCUCUGCCCAUUCUGCUUCAAUGUCCAACUCACAGUGCAAAAUAUUCAGAUGCUGCUAUCAAAUGUUCACACAUGGCACAUUAUGUUGUUUUUUUUCUUGCGUAAAGAUAUUCAGGACUCUUUGACAAAUAGCCUAAAAGUCAUGUUCAAGCCUAACUUUAGGCUGUAGGCUGUUAUAUUGUGCUCGUCUCGACCUUAAUUGAUUGCUGAUAGCGAUUGUCUUUAUUUUUUUGUAUGGAAAUGUUUUGAAUCAGUUGAAACUGGAUUCAAUUAGUGACCACUCUAUUUUUCUACAAUACUGGUGCGUGCGUGCGUGCGUGUGUGCGUGUGUGUGUGUGUGCGUGCGUGCGUUCAGGCUAGUAUCUCACUCUGGUGUUUCUGUGAAGUUCGGUUUUUAAAAGGCGAAGCCAGAAAGCCGACACUGAUGUUUGUGACACCGGCAGCGGGCCCAUAUUAGCGGGAUGCCCUCCUCGUUGAUCGAUUGCCAAACGAUGUAAUGUUGAAACCAUGUAAUUGAACAAAUGUUUUUAAUAAAUGUCCGAUCACACGUUGAUGAUUUACUGUCCACUGUGGAACAAACAAACACCUUAAAGUCCAGUCU